CCUAAAUGACCCUAUAAUGAGAUGGUGCCUAAAUGACCCUAUAAUGAGAUGUUGCCUGUCCUGUUGAGUUACUCCAGCACUUAGAGUCUUUUUUUUUGUGUAAGCCAGCAUCUGCAGUUCCUCGUUUCUACCACGGCCAACAUAGUGAGUGGCAAAGUGCUUUGUUAACUAACCACUGCCGUGGUACUGCAGGCAGGAGGGGCUUCCACUCACCAACCCCCACCUCCCCAUUGCCAUCAAUGAUCAGCACACUACCACCCACAAGACAUCUCCGCUGCUCAACCGCAGCCGAUGUUAUCCUGUCUAUCCACAACCGCUCGCCCCACACGGUCAUAAAGCGAGCAGCACUGCAAAUCAGACGCGCCACAAAUCAGACGGACAAACUCUGAAGGACAUCCUCUGCUUGUACUCCGAGCUGCCUCGGGAUCAUCCACCGCCUCUCUACUGGACCCCCUCCAACGAGACAGGUCAGAGGAUGGGAGGAAUCAUCCUGAUUAUCUUCACCGCAUCCAUCUGGCCCACGAACCUUGGAUAUAAAUGCGAGAACAAAGAUCUGAAGUGCGCAGUGGAUUAUGUCAGCGAGGUGACAUGUUGCUGGUCACAAAACGUUUCCCUGAGCAACUCGUGCCAAGUCUGGGUGGAUAAUUUGAGGCCUAACACGAAUCCUUAUCCAGUUACGUGUGCCCCGGUAAAUGGACUGAAGCAGGGCAGGAGAUGUUCUCUCAAUGUGCCUUUCUUCUCAGCAUCUCAAGCCUUCAACAUCACGCUGCUAUGCACCAGGAAUGGGCUGACCACUGCCGUUGCAAGCAUUCCCGAGUUUAUACCAGCGGAAAAUAUUCAGCUCCAGCCACUGAAGAACUUGACUGUGGUGAACAACACCGACACAAUGACAGUCCUCUCCUGGCAGACUGACUACGAUAUACGUUUAUCUGACUGCAUAGAAUAUGAGAUUCGGUACAAACUUGAGAAUGACCCAUGGAAGACUGCUCAGACACAUCAGGUUCAGCAAAAAGAACACAGGCUACAGAUUGACUCGACCAACGUAAAACCUGACGCCAUCUAUAUGGCACAAAUUCGUGCGAUAACUAAAGACCCUCAGGGUUUCUACGGAGGCACUUGGAGCAAAUGGAGCAAAGCGGCAAAAUGGAAAACCAAGAAAUCCCAAGCUUCUGCUGUUCAACAGGAAAACAGUGUCUUAUCAAUCUCUCUCUCGUUGGCCGGGAUCCUGUUAGUGGUUGCUGUUCUGGUCAUUAUGCAGUUUGCAUCGAAGAGAUCCCGACUGAAGGCACUCUACGGGCUCCCCAUUCCAGAUCCAAGCAAAUUCUUUCAUGAGCUGAACUCGACCUACGGAGGCAACUUUCAGCGAUGGCUGGGUACGCGAUUCCCCGCUUCCUUCAGCAGCACCGACGAUCUGGCCACGGAAAUAUCCUCGGUGGAGAUUUCGGAACUGAAGGACACGCAGUCGUGCGAGCAGAACGUCGCCUGGGACAGCAGCGGCUUCAGGAGCACCGGGGACUCGUCCACGUCCAGCUUUGCCAACCAGGGCUACUUCUUGUUCGACUGCUCCAAGGCCAGCGACGCCUACCCUUGCAAGAUCUACUUCAGCAACAAGCCGGCCAGCCGGCGGGAGGGGAGCGAGGGAAGCCGCUCCUACCGCUGCCUCACCUCCUCCGACGACUCCCUCUACGACAGCAGCUUCUCGCCGGACUCUCCCACGGGGAACGAGGGGUUCGACUUGGACGGGGAAGACCCAGGGCCCCACGACGCUGGAGAAACCUCAGAGGAGGAAAUAGACGGACCACCAAGAGAACAUGGGAGUCCAGCAGGUCUACCGCACCCUGGUAAUCCAGCAAGCCAGGUCAACCCAUCAAAGGAGACUAAUUGUCCUUUCGAGGGGUUGUUCCAAUUCCCGUCCUCUUCUUUCUUUGGCCCCCACCUCUCAUUGGCGGGCAUGGAGGAUGAAAGGGCCCACAGACUCGCAUCUGAUGGCUUAACCUUCGACAAGGCUCCAACAGACACCCCCUCUUCUCAGGACCCUUUGGCUCAGCAAUGCCCCGGUGUUUACAAGACCAAGUCCCUGAACCUGGCGGUGGAAACUGACCCGUAUCUCUCUCUCAAGCAAGUUCACAGCAAAUACAACAGCCAGUCGAUAUAGAGUCAUGGAGUGAUGAUACAGCACGGAAACAGGCCCUUCGGCCCAACUUGCCCACACCGGCCAACAUGUCCCGGCUACGCUAGUCCCACCUGCCCGCGUUUGGCCCAUAUUCCUCCAAACCUGUCCCAUCCAUGCCCCUGUCUAACUGUUUCUUAAACGCUAGGAUAGUCCCAGCCUCAACUACCUCAUUCCAUCCCUCAGAUUCCUAUUAAAUCUUUUCCCCCUUCACCUUAAACCUAUGUCCUCUGGUCCUCGAUUCACCUACUCUCGGGCAAGAGACUCUGUGCAUCCACCCAUUCUAUUCCUCUCGUGAUUUUAUACACCUCUAUAAGAUCACCCCCUCAUCCUCCUGCGCUCCAAGGGAUAAAGUCCCAGCCUGCUCAACCUCUCCCUAUAGCUCAGAGCCUCUAGUCCUGGCAACAUCCUUGUAAAUCUUCACUGCACCCUUUCCAAUAUAGGUAUCAAAGGGAUUGAUUUGAUGCUAUUCAAGGGACUGGCUCCUUUGUCUUCUGCUGUGAAUAUCUAUCCACGUUGAGGUUUCAUGUUGAGGUCAUCUCCUGCAGAUCUUUGCCCCUGCUUUUGAAAUAAGGUAUUUAACACAAUCAAUCUAAAGAAGGGUCUCGACACAAAACCUCACCCAUCCAUGUUCUCCAGAGAUGCUGCCUGACCUGUUGACUUACCCCAGCACCUUGUGUCAUUGAGGGCGGUGGAGGCCGGUUCUCUAGAUACUUUCAAGAGGGAGCUGGAUAGGGCUCUUAAAGAUAAAGGAGCCAGGGGAUAUGGGGAGAAGGCAGGAACGGGGUACUGAUUGGGGAUGAUCAGCCAUUAUCACAUUGAAUGGCGGUGCUGGAUCGAAUGACCUACUCCUGCACCUAUUGUUUUCACCUUAAACCUAUGUCCUAUUGUCUAUUGUCUAUUGUCAAUAACAAUAACAAUUGUCUAUUGUUACUCCAGCACUUUGUGUCUGAAGAAGGGUCCCGACCUGAAACGUUCCCCCAUCCAUGUUCUCCAGAGAUGCUGCCUGACCCGUUGAGUUUCUCCAGCACUUUGUGUCAUCGUUUGAACCACUUCCUUCUGUGUUUCUCAGAUGUUUAGUUUAGUUUGUUAUUCUUACGGGUGCACGACAAGUGUAUGUUGCAUCGCGUACUUCACUUCACCCCGGAUGGAGAGAGAGAGAGAGAGAAGACUCCAUCAACAUUAACCGUCAGAAGAUACAUUUAAACUGGACGUGGGGGAACUAAAUGUCCUCGGUGAAGAACUUGUGCUUCUUCAUUGAGUUUGUGAACGGUCUCUUUCUUGCUGCUCUUACAAAAUCGGACGGGAAACUUAAAGAGAUGCCUCGCUCCAAGCCAAGGAUUAAGCUACCUGGUUUGGAGGAGGAUGCAGUCGGCCGAUGUAUAACCCUGGCUGGAUGGAUCAUCGAUCACUGGUUAUGUUAUGAGGAUAAAGCAAAUUAACCCAUUUUAAAUGAUAUGUGUUGCAACAACCAUGGUUUCAGAGCCAUGGAGUCAGACUUGGCGGAAACAGGCCUAACUCGCCCAUGUUGGCCAAGAUGACACACCUAAGGUGGUCCCACCUGCCCAUGUUUAGCCCGUAACCCUCAAAACUUUUCCCGCCCAUGUGGGCAAGGAAGAAACUCUAGCUUCUGAGGGAGAAAGGUCCCCAUCGAGCCAAAGCCGCCAUUAAUUGUCAACCGGAGGCCAGAUCGAGCCGGGAUUGAAUCCCCGGUAACCCCUUGGCGACGGGACAUGGGGCAAGGGCCAAAGGUCGGCCAGGUCAAGGCAAGAUCAUCAGGAGAUGAUCAUACAAAGAUCGGUGUAGCUCAAGACUCUACCCUGGUCCAAAUGAGAGCCAGCGGUGUCAGUAAAGAACUCGCUACAAAGAAACUGAUUGCAGAAAAUGUAUGUCGAUUAUGCAUUAAAUGUGUUUGUCCAAUACAGAGCGGGAACUACAGACAGGGGGCAUUAUAAGAUAGACACAAAAUGCUGGAGUAACUCAGCGGGACAGGCGGCAUCUCUGGAGAGAAGGAAUAGAAACAUAGAAACAUAGAAAUUAGGUGCAGGAGUAGGCCAUUCGGCCCUUCGAGCCUGCACCGCCAUUCAAUAUGAUCAUGGCUGAUCAUCCAACUCAGUAUCCCGUACCUGCCUUCUCUCCAUACCCCCUGAUCCCCUUAGCCACAAGGGCCACAUCUAACUCCCUCUUAAAUAUAGCCAAUGAACUGGCCUCAACUACCCUCUGUGGCAGAGAGUUCCAGAGAUUCACCACUCUCUGUGUGAAAAAAGUUCUUCUCAUCUCAGUUUUAAAGGAUUUCCCCCCUUAUCCUUAAGCUGUGACCCCUUGUCCUGGACUUCCCUAACAUCGGGAACAAUCUUCCUGCAUCUAGCCUGUCCAACCCCUUAAGAAUUUUGUAAGUUUCUAUAAGAUCCCCUCUCAAUCUUCUAAAUUCUAGAGAGUAUAAACCAAGUCUAUCCAGUCUUUCUUCAUAAGACAGUCCUAACAUCCCAGGAAUCAGUCUGGUGAACCGUCUCUGCACUCCCUCUAUGGCAAUAAUGUCCUUCCUCAGAUUUGGAGACCAAAACUGUACACAAUACUCCAGGUGUGGUCUCACCAAGACCCUGUACAACUGCAGUAGAACCUCCCUGCUCCUAUAUGGGUGGCAUUCUUCAGAGUCUGAAGAACGCCACCCAUUCCUUUUCUCCAGAGAUGCCGCCUGUCCCGCUGAGUUACUCCAGCAUUUUGUGUCUAUCUUCGGUUUAAACCAGCAUCUACAGUUCCUACGAAAUUUCGCCUGAAAAUACAAUGUUGGAUUAUUUAACACAAUAUGUAGCACAAAAUACUUUUCAAAUAAAUUGUGUAACUUCUUGUUGGAGUUUAAGGGAUUUAAGGCCCAAUUGUACUUAAUUAUAACAUGUAUCGAUGUACAGUGAAAUUCUAUUUUUUUGCUUCCUGUUCAGUAAAGUACAGGUAUCGUUAUUUGCACCAUCCUCGGUUAGUACAGUGUAUAGAAAUAGUCCACUGAGACUGUAUGUAAGAUUCAAGAUUCAAGAGAGUUUAUUGACAUGUGUCCCAGAUAGGACAAUAAAAGUCUUGCUUUGCUUCAGCACAGCAAAAUAUAGUAGGCAUAAAUAAAUACAGAACAGAUCAGUGUGUCCAUAUACCAUUGAAUAUAUGUCCGCAAUAACCAAGCUGACCUCCCGGUGGCUCAGCACUUCAACUCCCCCUCCCACUCCGUCUCCGACCUCUCUGUCCUGGGUCUCCUCCAUGGUCACAGCGAGCAGCACAGGAAAUUGGAGGAACAGCACCUCAUAUUCCGUUUGGGGAGUCUGCAUCCUGGGGGCAUGAACAUCGAAUUCUCCCAAUUUUGUUAGUCCUUGCUGUCUCCUCCCCUUCCUCAGUCCCCCUGCUGUCUCCUCCCACCCCCCAGCGUUCAGGCUCCUGCUCCUUUUUCCUUUC